GUCAACUCGGGCCACUCGGCUGAAGUAAAGUGGGUCAUCAUUCUAAAAAUAGAACUUUGUACUCCGACCUUACAAGUAGCUGUCUACGCACGCUCAGCUCAACACAUCGGAGGCCUUAGUCCCGGCCGGUAGACACAGGGAACAAGUUCUGCACUCUAUUCAACACGCCCCCAUCAAUGAAUGUGCAACAAAGCAUGUGCAACCACGACCUAGCCUUUGUCGCUAUAGACUGGACAAUGUCAUUGACUCAUUGUGGCUUCUUGGACUUGCCUUGACGGUAUUUAAGUUGGACUUCGUUGGCCAUUAUUUUUCUUGUAACCGCUCUCUUCUCAACAGGCCAAUCACUUUCGAAUACUCGCAGCUUCUGUAUUCUUCUUGACUUCAACUUGCUACCUAGAAAGAUCCUUGGUAACAUGCAAACUGCAGUGCUCGCUCCAAAUAAUGCACCACCCGCCGCGGCUCAGUACACGGAAGCGCUUGGCUUGCCAAACAAUACACCCUUUAACGUCAUAAAUCGGGCUAGCAAACUACAGCCCGUGCGCAAGAGUCCAAUCAAUACCUUGCCUAACGAGAUCAUCCUGCACAUAUUCAAGUUGGGCGUGUCCUGUCGCGACUCCCAAGAACGUAUCGAUUUUGCGGUCACAGCAUCGCAAGUUUGCUAUACAUGGCGCGACGUCGCUUUCAGCUGCUCCUCGUUGUGGUCGGACAUCACCAUCACGACCGAUAACAUGUAUAAUAUUGACGGAGGGCGCGCUAUCGUAAAUACAUCUCUUCUUCGUGCAAAGGAGUUCGCCUCGCGUUCUAGAGUCUUUCCGUUGUCUGUCCGACUCAAACUCCUCGUUACACCCAACUUCGUAUAUCUUCAAACAGGCACGGUUAUAAUAAUGGAUUGGCUCCGCCUGGUGUUUCCACGCAUCAAAUAUCUCUCGAUACACUGCGAUACUCUCCUAAUCGCGCGGCUGGUCACGAAUCGUUUACAGACAGUCCCCAUGGAGAAUCUGGAGACCUACAAAAUAAAGUUUGGCACUGAAGUCAUAUCCUUUUACCAUUCAAUUAUUUUGCCACCACACGUGCGCUUUCUUUUUCUGGCUGGCCAAAAGGAGGAACAGACACAGACAGGCGGACAACUUGGAUUUGCUCCCGAAGUUGACACGGGUUUCAUUGUCCGGGUUCCCAGUCUCAUGGUCUCGGUGGUCUUUAACGCGUCUGACAUCCCUAUCGAUUAA